AGCCUCCAGCCCUUAGGAGAAAGACCACUCCAGAGGCUCAGGUCACACAAGAGGGUCGAAAGAAUACCCCAGGGGGCAAUCAGAAUACACUUGGUGCCCCUUCUCCUUGCAAGACAUGUUCACCCGGGCAGUCAGCAGGCUGAGCAGGAAGAGGCCACCUUCAGAAAUUCACGGCAGUGACGGCUCUGUCUUCGCCGCGGACCAGGAACAGAAGGGAACCCAGAAGUGGGCAACAUCUCUGGACAGUUUGUUGGCGGAUCCGCGAGGAGUCGCUGAGUUCACAGAUUUUCUGAAGAAGGAGUUCAGCGAGGAGAAUUUGCUCUUCUGGUUGGCGUGCGAAGACUUCAAGACCACGCAAGAUAAAGAGCAGAUGCAGAAGAAGGCGCAGGAGAUCUUCGUGACCUUCCUGUCCAGCAAGUCGGCGUCACAGGUCAACGUGGAGGGUCAGUCGAGGAUCAGCGCGAAGAUGCUGGAGGAUCCGCACCCCCUCAUGUUCCAGAAGCUGCAGGAACAGAUCUUCAACCUCAUGAGAUACGACAGCUACAGCCGCUUCCUGAAGUCGCAGACGUUCCUCGAGCUCCAGGCGUCCGAGGAGAGCGACGGCCCCGGAGCUGGAGAGACGGCAGCGAAACGCGCCUCCAGAAUCUACAACACGUGAAAUCUGCCCCACGCGUGGACAGGGGGCCCCCGACGGCGUCACGGGGAGCACCAGCGGAAGCCAAAACCCGCCAUGAAACCAUUUCCACACCGAGAUCAAUGUUGCUUUUUUACCUAUUUUUUCUCAUUCUGAUACUUUGUAGCAUAGUUGGGGGGUCCCUGGUGAUGUUUCUAUGGAGACUGAACUCAGUAGCACCCAGCAACCUGGCUGAGGAAGCCCAGGAAGGACCCAGCCAGGGUGUCAUCUGUUGCAGAGUAUCCCAAACGUGGGGCAAUUAAAGAGACGCCUGUGGCCAAAUACUUCAAAUCUGAGGAUAUCAGAAGACAAUAACUCCCAUCACCUCGGGUGACACAGACGGGAGGAGGACCAAACAGGAGAGGGGCUUUUAUGGGGUUUUUAUUAAAAAAAUCUUUUAAAAAAAGCUGAACUUUCUCUCUUUCAUAAUUU